AUGCCUUCUCUUCAAGUUCUCUACCAGCCCGGAGCUGUUAUGCGUCUCCUGAUUGUGUGCUUAAUUCUGGAGACUGCCCAUGGUCAACAUGAUUGGCGCAAUCUCCUUUCACUAAACAUAAAAAUUUCUCCAAUGAAAAAUGCAAAUCAAUUUGAAGUGAAACUCACAAUUACAAACAAUGAAAAUAAAUGUAUGGCGGUCAAAGUCAGCACUGAGGACAACCCAAACAUCAAGUACCUCAGUGCUCAUGCAACAUACACAGCUUGCAUAUGUGCCACAAAUGACUUCUUCUGGGAAAUCCAAGUCUCUGCAAAAACUUUCCUACAAGCAAAAACAGAAGUUGUGUCAGCUAAGGGCAUAUGUUCUGAUGGUGAGCAAACAUACCCAGUAACCACCUACAUGAGAACUGUUGCUCAUAAAAUCCUUGUAACACCGUAA